AUGUCCGCUAAAAUCUCCAGUGCGCAGUACACCGUCGCCAUCGUCGGCGCAACCGGUAAUCUCGGAAAGGAGGUCGCGAACCAGUUUCUCACCAACUAUCGCCUCUUCUUCCCUCGCGUCAUCGCCGUCGGUCGGGACAUUUCUACCCCCGAAGCGCGCCAGCUCGUCGAGCAGGGUGUGGAGCUGCGCUCGGUCGACCCGGCCAACGCGACUGAGUCCUUCACCAAGGCAUUUGAGGGUGCUGACGUUGUUAUCAAUGUUUCCGCCCAUGCACCCCUGGAAUACAUCAAUGCGCUCUUCCGUGGCGCUCUGAACAACGGCGUCAAGGUCUACUUUCCUUCAGAGUAUGGCUCCGACCAUCGUCUCCACAACUUCGAGGGCUGGGACGCCGAAGUCUGGGAGGCGAAGCACAAGCACGCUGUGGAAGCUCGCUCGCUCGCUCAAGGCAAGCUCAAGAUCAUCGCUCUUUAUACUGGACUCUUCAUGGAAGGUACCAUCGGCCCCUGGUUCGGUUUCGACACUGCUAAUCGCGUUUACACCUGCAUCGGCUCCCCUGACAAGAAGACCGCAAUCACCGGAAAGGUCGACAUCGCGCGCGCGCUCGCGGAGCUAUCCCUGCUCGCGCUCUCCCCGGGCACGGCGGCGCAGGUGCCGGACGAGGCGCGCAUCGCGGGCGACAACGUAAGCUACCGCGACAUCCGCGACAUCGUGCAACGCGUGCGGGGCGCGCUCGGCGUGCAGCCUGCGGAAAUCGCGCUGGAGGAGGUCGAGCUUGCGCCAUUCCGGGAGAAGGUGCGCACGGGCGAGUUGCAGGAGCCGCAUUAUGGCCCGCUGCAUCAUAUCAGGAUCCUCAUCGCGGAGGGAAGGCACGACUUCACUGAGAACAACAAUGAGCUAGUGAACCCGGGACAAAAGGCGUGGAAGUGGAAAACCGUCGAGGAUUAUGUUCGCGAGGUUGGCGGAAAGCCACACUGCUAA